UCUCCUUCAAUCAAUUAAUGUAGGCAAAUACCUCCAUACACAAAGCCUAUUAAUCCAGUCUUGAUCAGUCAUCACCAUUGAUGGAUAUCCACAAAGCUUUCCAUAUGAAGGGAGGAGUCGGAGACAACAGCUACUCCAAGAACUCUUCACUUCAGAAAAGAGUGGCUGAAAGGUUGAAGCAUAUAACCGCGUGGGCCAUCGAAGAAGUAUUCAUGAGCGAGAAGCCCAAGAGCUUAGGCAUGGCGGACCUGGGGUGCUCGUCGGGGCCCAACGCUCUGUCCAACAUAAAACAAGUAGUGGAGGCGGUGGAGAAGGCCAGCCGCCGCAUGAGAGAAGCGCCGCCGGAAUUCCGAGUGUACCUAAACGAUCUUCACAGCAAUGACUUCAACACCAUAUUUCAGGGGCUGCCCGAUCUCUACAGGGACCUCAAGAGAGGAGGCACAAAUCAGCCGCCUCUUUACAUAGCCGCCUGCCCAGGCACAUUCUACGGCAGGCUCUUCCCUGACCAUUCCCUGCAUUUCGUCUAUUCCUCCAACAGCCUGCACUGGCUCUCUACGGUCCCAGCGGGCAUCUACGAGAAAGAGGGACGGUCGAUGAACAGAAAGAGCAUUUACAUAUCGGAGAGAAGCCCUCCGGUGGUGAGGAAGGCAUACUUAGAGCAGUUCCAACACGACUUCUCCUUGUUCCUCAAGUCUCGCUCACAGGAGCUCAUCCGCGGUGGCCGAAUGCUGCUCAUUCUCUUGGGAAGGACCCUCUCCGACCACGCCCACUGCGCCAAUUCUUUCCUUUGGGAGCUCCUCUACCAGUCUUUAGCACAUCUCGUUGCUCAAGGUGAGAUUGAGGAGGAGAAGCUGGAGAGCUACGACGUCCAUUUCUAUGCGCCGUCCAAGGCAGAGUUGGAAGAUGAGGUGAGGAAGGAGGGUUCGUUCAAGACGGAGAUGGUAGAGAUGGUUGAGAUGAGGGACGAGGACGUGAGCGGGAGCGCGGUGGCCAAGGCGGUCAGGUCCAUUCAGGAAUCCAUGUUGGCUCACCACUUUGGGUUUGGGGAGCCCAUCUUCGACAAGCUCUUCCACCACUACGCCCUAUUGAUCGACCGAGAAUUCGCCCAACGCCAUGUUAAAUCCACUACCGCUCUCCUCCUCCUCACCAAGUUAUGACCCAAUAUAAUCUUUAAUUUCUAGUCCUAUAAACCUAUGCAAGCUUCUUGUUUCAUCGCUUCUUUCUUAUUAGUUUAGAAGAAACUGAACGGUUUUUAUCUUUUCAACUUCAAA